AUGAUGGAUCAGUUUCGAAGCCUGUUCCUGAAACUGGAUGUCAAUAAUGAUGGUUAUGUAUCUGUGGAGGAGCUGCACAGGGAAAUGGAGAAAGCUGGGAUUUGGAGUGCAGCUGAAAAGGCUCAGGCCGUUGUUGAUAAAUAUGACAAGAACAUCGAUGGACGUUUAGAUUACGAGGAAUUCCUCAACUACCUGCAGGACAGGGAAAGGAAAUGGAAGAUAAACUUUCAGCUGCUUGAUAAGAACAAGUGCGGGGUCAUUGACCACGAAGAAAUCAUGUGCUUGUUUAAGGAGCUAGGACUUGUCAUUUCAAAGCAGAAUGCAAAGAAAAUUAUCCAAAUGAUGGACAAGGACAGUUCCAUGACUGUGGACUGGGGGGAGUUUCUGUAUCACAUCAUCCUUAACCCAGCUGAAGAUAUACGGGAGCUGGUGUCUUCUUGGAAGCACAGUAUGGUUUUUGAUGUCGGUGAGAGCCGCACGAUGCCGAUGGAGUUCACCCAGGAGGAAACGGACUCCGGGGCCUGGAAGAGGUACAUUGUGGCUGGAGGACUGGCAGAUGCAGUGUCCAGAACCCUGACUGCACCCAUUGACCGCUUAAAAAUCCAGCUCCAGGUAUAUGGCUCUAAAGCAUUGUCUCAAAGUUUUAAGGAAAUCCAAGCUGGUGGACUUCGGUCUAUGUGGCAGGGCAACUUAGUGAAUGUACUGAAAGGAACGCCCCAGUCAACACUCCAGUUUUUCAUCUACAACCAGAUGAAGAUGCACAGCCAAAGCCACGAGGACAAGCUGUCAAUCAAGCAGCGGUUUGCGCUGGGCUGUGUAUCUGGGGCAGUCGCUCAUGCGGUCUUCUACCCUUUAGAGGUGUUAAAGGUGAGACUGAAUCUGCAGACAGCAGGUACCUACAGUGGAAUACUAGGGUGUGCCGGAUCGAUUUAUCAGAAUGAAUCCACCACGUCCUUCUAUAGAGGCUUCAAGCCCAGUGUUCUGUGCAUGAUCCCAUAUGCUGGUGUGGAGUGUGCUGUCCAUCAGUCAAUUAUGAGUUGGGCAAAGACAGAUCCAGCUAACAGCAAGGAUUCCAGGCUCUUCUUCUUUAGCUUCCUGGCCUUUGCUUCCGGUCAGAUGGCUAGCUACCCAUUAGCUGUCAUCAGGACUCAACAACAAGCCAAAGCUUUCAGUUCGAACAUGAAGGCUUCUUCAAGUGCAGUUCAAGGACUAAUAGCCAUUUAUGCAAAAUAUGGCAUUCGGGGGUUUUACAAUGGAAUAGGGGCAAGUUUUAUAAGAGCUGUUCCGUGUGCCCUUUUAAACUGCACAUUAUCUUCCAGAUUUGAAUUGCUUCUCUCUUCCAAUAAGUGAUGACAUAGAAAAAAACUCUUCCCUAAUGCUCAAGUAUUCUGUACUGCAAUUCUUUUCUG